AUGGCUUACUCGAGCCACUCGGGCUGGCCAGCCGCCACUCACUACGGCCCACCACCUCCACAACCUCCUCAGCAGCAUCCUCCGCCUCCUCCUCAGCAACCUCGCCAAUACUCUCAGCCACCACAGCAAUACCAGCCGGCCCCACCACCUGUGCAGCAGUACCAUGCCCAGCAAUCUCAGCCACGAGGAUAUGCACCAACUCAGUCCCCCUACCAGAAUGGUCCUCACCUGCCUCCGCCGCAUCAAAGACCGGGCUCAGAACGUACCCCUUUGUCGAUUCCCCAGCAACCACCGAAUUACGCCUCAACACAAGACUAUCCUCAAUCCUCUGGUGGUCCGACUAGGAGCCUGCCGCCAUCGACGCCUAGCGAUGAGGGCAAUAGUGCCCUAGAACGAGCUCGAGCUGUCGGAGAGCCGUUUCCCAUCUCCAGGUCUCUGAAUGGCUACGCUUUUGCCCUUCAGGUAAUUCAGGAACCAGAUCGUGCUCGUAUGUGCGGCUUUGGCGACAAGGAUCGUCGGCCUAUCUCACCUCCACCUUGCAUUCGACUGCUGAUCAUGGAUGAGAAGACUGGUGUUGAAAUCGAUUACAACAAAAUUGAAGACCUCUCGAGGUUCAUCCUAGUAGUCGAUUUGGCCGAUGUGGAUACUCUCAAAGAGUCAAACAUGGUCGUUCAUCUCUCGGGAAACAACCCUGCCAUUGGCAGUAGCGAGCGCGGCGCUUUCCCUCCAACACAUUCUACAAUACCGUCUAACGUCCCCCAGCCCCGAGACUUUGAUGUUCCCAGAGUUCAAGCCUACCAAAAUUCUCAAUUCCACGGAAACGUCUCUUCGACCGGCUUUGGAGGCUUGCUUAAUGGCAAUGGUCACAGCACUAACGGAAGCUAUGGUGGUGCUCCUGGACCUGGGUAUGGCAUCCCGCCACCAUCUCAAAGCAAUCCGCCACAGUCAUGCAGCAGAAAUCUCAUCGGAUCCCUUUCGGCCACAUCUUUCAAACUCAACGACCCUGCUGAGAAGACAGGCCUCUGGUUCAUCUUCCAGGAUCUGAGCAUCCGUACCGAAGGCGUCUUCAGGCUCAAGUUCACCUUUUUCGACCUCAUGUGCCAGCUACAGCCAAUGGGACCGUCCAGUGGGGAGCGCCUGGCUGAAUUUGCUCCCAUGCUGGCUUCUAUCUACAGCAAGCCUUUCCAGGUCUGGAGCGCUAAGAAAUUCCCGGGCGUACGACCGACUACAGAGCUGAGCCAGACGUUUGCAGACCAGGGCAUCAAGAUCCCGGUCAGGAAAAAUGAGGGCAAGGGCGAUGACAAGAAGAGGAAGCGUGGCCGGAACGGCGAAAGUGAUGACGAAGACGCGGAACCAGAAGAGGAAAACGAGGCCGAUCAAUGGAGCCAACAGCCCGAUUCCUAUCCUCCCCAUACGAGCCAGUAUCAUCAAAUUGCCGGGCAGUAUCGUCCGCCUGGGCAAUAG